AUAUAUACAGGCACAGCGAUAUUUCUACCACUCAAAGUCUACAGGCUCUUCGCUACAGAACUUUAAAGUUACAUUCUCCUCCUGAAACAGUGAGAUUGAAGCUUAAUCAUGCAGGCAUCCAGGACUUUGCUGUCAAAACAGACACUGACUGUUCUCUCUCGCCAGCCUGCCUGCUUUGUUCACCAGGGUGACUAUGGCAACUGGGGAAAUACCAACAUUGCAGUGGUUUUCUCAGGAUGUGGCUGGUGGGAUGGGACUGAUGUCCAUGAGGGAGUGUACACCAUGUACCACCUGAGCCGUAACGGUGCUCGCUUCCAGAUGUUCGCUCCAAAUCAGCAGCAGAUGCAUGUGAUGGACCACAUGAAGAAGCAGCCCGGCUCUGGGGAGAACCGGAACAUGAUGAUGGAGUCAGCUCGCUUCAGUCACGGUCAAGGAAAUAUGCAAAUGCAAGACCUGUCCAAGCUGGACGUCAACAGCUUUGAUGCUGUCAUCUUUCCAGGAGGCCACGGCGUCACAAAGAAUCUGUCCUCUUUUGUGAAGGAUGGCAAAGACUGCAAGCUGCACAACGAUGUGGAAAGGGUGCUUAAAGAGUUCCACCGCUCACGCAAGCCUAUUGGACUGGCCAGCAUGGCUCCCGUGCUGGCCUGCCGCGUGCUGCCCAGCAUCGAGGUGACCAUGGGCUACGAGAAAGACGACAACACUCGCUGGGGGAACUGGCCUCACACAAGCAUGGUGCAGGCUGUGAAGAGCAUGGGCGCUCGCCACCAAGUCCGCGAGCCAUAUGAAGCCUAUGUGGAUGAGAAGAACAAAGUGGUCAGCACUCCUUCCUUCUUGUGGGAAACAGAUUAUCACUAUCACUACAUCUUUGAUGGCAUCGGGACCAUGGUCAAACACGUCAUGCGUAUGUCAACCAAGUGAUGUGACAUUUCCAGCCUGGGAAAGAAAUAGAGGAAGUUGGUGUUGACGUACGACGUGCACCUCUGUAUCGUGAUGAAUUCCUACUUGAAACAAUAUAUAUGCUUUAGUUAAAGAGCAAAUGGCUUGUCGUGUGUAAUUGAUGGUUUCGGUUAAUAUGUCUACAUGUACAGAGAGGAGAUCUACACAUCUGAGGGGCUCAUGAGUCACUAUCCAUUUACCUUAACCCAUGUUUUUAACUUUAGAGACAUUAUUUCUUACUCAUACCAGGCAGGGAGGAGUUCAUCGUCCUCACAGUGACACAUCUGUGUAACACAGCAGAAAGCACCACCUCUGCAUGUAAUCACAGCUAACACUGACCUUGUAAAUAUGAGGUCAGCAGUUAAAUGACAAUUGAUUGUGAUCUUUUGUCACAGUGUUGCUGUUACACUACUGCUUCUGGAUCAUAAAAAACCCCACUAAAACAGUACACUACAGCAACAAAUUUAGGAUGUACAACAUUUUUUUUCUUUGGUCUCAUUUCGGCUGAAUGAAUGAGGAGCUACACCUUGUAUGUACUGUUGACAUAAACUACUGUUAUUAUUCUCUCAAUAUCACUGAUUAAGAUGUUAAAUCUCUUCCCCAAAUCCUUGAAAUAAACAGUAAUAGUAUGAUUAA